GGUCGAAGCAGCAUGUCUGUGCUGAGUGAGGCCAACAAGCUGAAGCAGCAGCUGAACAUGUGCUUGGACUCGAAGGACGCCGAGCUCCGUCUGACCACCAUUCGUAAGGUCAUCCAGAACAUGACCCUCGGCAUGGACAUGUCGCUUCUGUUCACAGAAAUGAUCAAGGCUGCGGUGACGCGUGAUCUGGCGCAGAAAAAGCUUGUGUAUCUGUACCUGGCGUCGUAUGCCGAGUCGCAUCCAGACGUGGCGCUGCUUGCGGUCAACACGCUGCAGCGCAAUGCAGCCGAUGUCGAUCCCAUGGUGCGCGGGCUUGCGCUGCGGACACUGUGCUCGCUGCGGCUGGCGAAUCUUGCCGAGUACACUAUUCCUGUUCUCGCCAACGCGCUGGGCGAUCCAUCACCGUAUGUGCGCAAGACUGCAGUGGUGGGGGUGGUCAAGAUUGCGGCAGUUGCGCCGAAUGCGGUGGCAGCGGCCGGCCUGCUGGACACGGUGCGGCUGAUGGUGCAAGACGUGUCGCCUGCGGUAGUGUUCAAUGCGGUGAUGGCGCUGCAUGAGAUUGCGGCGCCGCAGGGCGGGAUUGCGCUGACGGAGAAGCUUGUGCUGUAUGUGUUCAACCGGCUGCGCGAGUUUGACGACUGGGCGCAGGCGGCGCUCAUCACGCUGUGCCAGGAUUUUGUGCCGAGCUCGGACGAGCAGCGAUAUGCGCUUAUGGACGUUCUCGACGCGCGGCUGCAGAACCUCAACUCGGGGGUGGUUCUUGCCGCCAUCUCGAUGUUCCUGAGGCUGACCCAGGACGUGCCCGAGAUGCAUGCGCAGGUACUGGCACGGGUCAAGGCGCCGCUGAUUACGACGCUGUCGCGGGCGUCGCCGGAGAUGGCGUACAGUGUCCUGCAGCACUGCCGGCUGCUGGCGGACCGAGCGCCGGCGGUGUUUGCCGACGAGUAUACCUCGUUCUUUGUGCUGUACUCGGACCCGCCGUAUGUUGUGGAGCUGAAGCUUGCGCUGCUGGAGCAGAUUGUGACGCCCGACAACUGUUCAGCGAUCAUUGCCGAGCUUGCCGAGUAUGUGCGCGACGUGAAUCCUGCGACUGCAACGCGGGCGCUGCGAGUGCUGGGCUCUGUCGGCCUCGCGCUUGUUCCGGCGGCCAAGUACGUGCUGCGGGAGCUGUUCUCGUUUCUCGACUCGACGACGCCGUACGUGGUCGACGGCGCGGUGGUGGUCAUGAAGGAUCUAGUGCGCAAGUACUCGGACCUUGCGCCGCACCUGCUUGACCGGAUCCCGGCCAUCCUUCCGCGGGUUGCUGAUCCGGGCGCGCGCACCGUCCUCAUCUGGAUGCUCGGCGAGCAUGGCGAGGGACUGGAGCGGGCGCCGUACAUGCUCGAGGCGCUGGUCGCCGACUUUGAGUCGGAAGAUUCGCCUGCGGUCAAGCUCCAGAUGCUGACCUCGUGCAUGCAGCUGUUCCUCAAGCGACCCGGCGAGAUGCAGCCAAUCCUUGGUCAGCUCUUGGCGGUUGCGACGGCCGACAACUCGGUGGCCGACGUCCACGACCGCGCGCUCUUCUACUACCGCCUGCUGGAAGAGGGGCCCGACGCUGCGCGCGAAGUUGUCAUGGCCCCAAAGCUGUUUGUAGAGACGUUUGCAGAAUCAGAGCACCCGGAGCUUGUCGACACUCUCUUUGACGAGUUCAACACGCUCUCGGUCGUCUACCGCGCGCCGUCGGAGACUUUUAUCCACCAGCGCGCCCCGUACGUGCUCGGCAAGACGCGGUUUGGCGGCGAUCCGGCAGCAUUUGACUCGGACACCGACUCGGACGACGGCGGAUUUGUGGCGCCAGCGGUGGACUCGGGCGCACCUCCUGGCGGAAGCUCACCGGUGGCGGAAGCACUGGCGCCGGCAGAGUCCGCUCCGGUCCGCGGCGACCUGCUCUCGCUGGACCUGGGCGCUACGCCGGUGUCGAGCGCCGGCCCGGCGGCGAACCCGCCGAACCUCGGCAUCGAGUCGGAACUGACCGGGGCUGCGAACUUGACACAGGGCCGGUUCCAGGAGCUGUGGCAAGCAUUUGGCCGCGGCGAAGAAGUCGAGUUUCCGAUCCAGGCUGCGCUGUCGAUGGAGCAGGUGGAGAACACGCUUGGGGCGUUCCGGAUCGUGUGCAUGGCAUCGGGCAGCGUCGAGCCGCACCUGGCCAAGUUCUUCUUUUAUGGACAGACGCUCUCGGGCGACUACAUUCUCAUGCAGCUGGUCAUCGACACGGCGGCCAUGUCGGGCUCUGCGGUGGUCAAGACCCGGUCACCGAUCCUGACCAAGUUUGUGUCGACAGUGGUCAAUGUGCUGUCGGCGGCGUCGAUGCGGGCGGCGUCGGCAGGAACGCCGGCGGCGGCGGCAGCAGCCUCGCUCAUUUGAGGCGCAGGUGGAGGGUGGCGUUGGGAACGAGGCCUGCGGCAGCCAGGCUCUCCGUCGCGUCUGCGUAUACCUUGGGAGGAAAGGUGGUGCGGAGCUCGUAGCGUCCGCGCUCGAGGCCGAGAUGUGUGGCGAUGGCGUCAAAUACAGUGUUGAGCGUGUCGCCGUGGCUCAGCUUGAGCAGGAGCAUCGGCGACGCCACCGACUUGACCCGCAGCGUGGUGAUGGCCUUGGCCGAGCUGGGGCGGGCGGUGGCGGACGACGGCACGUUGGCGUUAGCCACCUCAAGCUCUUUGAGGAUUAAAGUGGGGACGACAAUGACGUCCG